AUGAAGUCUCAAGGGUGGUUUACACCCCAAAUACUUGCUCGGCGAGUCGAGAAAGCCCUCGAAGCCCAAGCUCGCGCCUCCAAACCCCAGAACUACAGCACGCAAACCUCGUCAUGUAGCAUCCUCCGAACUUCCCCUUCCUACAUCCCCAGCAAUCGGCCACGCCAUCCUUUCCUCAGCCGACCCUUCACACAUACUCCCCGACCCCAGCGCCAACCCGCCGAAGACCCAAACUUCACCUCGAUCCUCGACAACCCGCCCGAACUAGUGCGCACGGGACGACGUCACGGGCCGGGUCUUAUCAUCCUCGCCAUCAUCCCCGUAACCGCGUUUCUGCUCGGGACAUGGCAAGUACAGCGGCUAGGCUGGAAGACUGACCUGAUCGCCAAGUUCGAGGACCGGAUCGUGCGCGAACCGUUGCCGCUCCCGCCGCGUGUCGACCCGGAUGCCAUCCACGACUUCGAUUUCCGCCGGGUUACAGCGACGGGACGCUACCGCCACGACCACGAGAUGCUGAUCGGCCCCCGCAUGCGCGACGGCGAGCAGGGGUACAUGGUUGUGACGCCGCUGGAGCGCGGGGGCGAUGAGGGUGCGACAGUGUUGGUGAACCGCGGCUGGAUAUCUAAGAAGUUUCGCGAUCGGCGGAGUAGGCCCGAGUCCCUAUACGCCGGUGAAGUUACCGUAGAGGGUCUACUGCGGGAGCCGUGGAAGAAGAAUAUGUUUACGCCGGAUAAUAGACCUGAUAUAAAUGAGUUUUAUUUUCCCGAUGUGAAGCAGAUGGCUGGUUUAACGGGAAGCCAGGCUGUGUGGAUUGAGCAGACUAUGGAGCCGGGUUUACUCCAGACUCUGGAUAUGGAAUCCAAGGGUAUUCCUAUUGGUAGACCUGCUGAAGUCAACCUAAGGAAUAACCACGCCCAGUACAUCUUCACGUGGUAUGGACUCGCAGUAGCGACGUCGAUAAUGUUCUACAUGGUGGUGAAGAAGCCUCCCACCGAUAUCUCACGCCGAGUGAGGAUGAACAAGGAAUGGUCGUAA